AUGCGCGCGGCCUCGGUGAACGUUGACCCCAGGCGUUUGGCAUUCGACACGGCGGCUUCUACUCCUGCAAAACGGGUCAGUCCGGGUGAUAGAGCCAGCGACGAGGAAGCCGAGGAGAAUCCAACCAAACGCGCUCGGGCGGGAGCAAAUACGGCCACGAUCUCCGAGCUUCUUCUCCGUAUGGAUAACCUCGAAAGGCAAUCGAAGAAUGACCGUCUUAUCGUCACGGCGCUACGCAAGGAGGUUAGCGACCAGAAGGCUGAGCUGCACAAGAAGGACGUGACAAUCUCUGCGCUGUCGGCGAGACUCGAUAAGAAUGCUGCUUCUCUGGAUGCUAUCUUAGCCCGUAUCUCGACUCUGGAACAGAACAGCGUCACGGUGACAGGCCGCAGAAAGAAGGGUCGUAACAAUGUUCUCGCCAGCAUCAUGCGCCGUGCCAUGUACGAUCUCAUGCAAAUCUCUGCGAACAGCAAGCUUCCAGAACCACUCGAAGGUGAUCAGGAGUUCUGGCUGCUUCUAAACGAGGGAGAAGAAGAUCCCACCAAGCACGUCUUCGUCUUGCGCCCCAAGUUCAACCUCUUCGUUGACGGAAACAAAAUCUGGUUCAAUACCCUCCUGAAACAUAUUCGUUCACAAGGUCACCGGUGGAUCCCGGCCCCUCUCACACCGGCAUACCUUGAGGCUAUCUCGGACACCGACAUCACAAACCGCAUCGCAGACCCGCUCUUCAAGAACAUGCGGAAGAGGUAUCAGCGUGGCCUGCUCGCCGCAGACGAACAAGAGGAUCUCGCCGAAAUGGAGAAGACCGCGACCCGUAAACGCGAAGUGAGCCUAUUACCGAACGGGAGCCUGCCUAGGAUGGAAAGUGCUGAUCUCAAUGACGGCGGAUCGGGAUGCUAG